GGGAGAGCGAAAGGGCCCGCCCCGACGGCCGGGUCGCUCAGAGCUCAGUUGUGCCUUGGCCGUGCUGGGUGGAUGAGGUGUCGCCGGUCGGGUCUCUGGUGCUCCCGUCUCAUGGCUCGGUCUUCAACAAUACAGUAAAGAAAGAAAAAUACUCAUAAUCCGCACAAGGAACUGAUAAGCCAGGAAAUUGCUUAUUAUCAUUAUUGUUGGACAAAAUAGAGGCUAUCGUGGAAGACAUUGCGUACAGUGACGGUGACGGUGGGGUGGUAUGGGCUGUUGAGGCGGCGUGGCGUCGAGUGAUGGUCGCCGAAGAGCGCACCUGUCUCUCAGGCGGCCUGCUGAGCGCAGGGGACGGAACAGGCGGCGGACGUGGAGACAUGUCCCGUCUGAAUGGCCGCGUGCAUACUGGUCCCCAACACAGCACCUCCGCCCAGUACCAAGCUGUCCCCACCCAGUACCACCAGGGCGCCCCGGUGCAGUACCAGGGUUCCCAGGGACAUUCAGACGAGUUUGAAGCCUCGUGCCUGGUGAGGACACCGUCUGGCAACGUGUACAUCCCCUCCGAUAUGCCAAAAACCUCCACUCUGGAGUACAAGCCGGGGCUGCACUCCCCCAGCCUCCACUGCCCGCCCAAAGCAGACGGGCAAAAGACCAUGGAAGGGUAUAACGUGCCCUUUGGAGGCGGCCUUCCGGCCCCCGUGCUACCCGUCCGCAACAACCUGCGGCACUCAGUGCCCGGCACCGGCCCCCGCGGGGAGGCGGGCCCUCCAGCGGCUCUUCCCGCGGGCCUGCCAGUCCCCACUGCUCGUGGCGAUGCACCGCCAUCAUCUUUAUCACCAUUGCUGUCGUCCUUGCCACCAUCCUGA